CCAAUAAAAGCGAAAAAACACGUAAGCAUCGACGCGGGCUCGGCGCAAGCGGAGGAUGCUCAGUGGGAAGCGGCAAUCAACUCUCAGCACCGCUCGCACUGUUCACUUCCUCGCAAGCCACCGAGUGCAACCUGGGCCUCUCCACCGACCCGACCCCGACUCUCAUUCAUACUGCGGCCGCACUCGAGGUGAGGAGGGCGGUGGGGGGGAAGACCUAAUUAGGAAGGUCAGGCUCCUUUUAGUAGCAAGGUCAUCGCCUCAAGAGGAAAAUGUUGGAUCCGUCAUCCAGCGAGGAGGAGUCUGACGGGAUAGUGGAGGAGGAGAGCAAAGAAGUGAUGGCCCCUCAGGCCGGAUCCCGCAUCUCCCCGAGCAGGACCAGCGAAAGCUCCGGAGGACUUGCGCCCAGCAGCGGCCGCAGCAGCGCCCGACCGACCAGCCCGAGCCCGUCGGCCGCCAGCGAAGAGAAAGACGACCUGGAGAAGCUGCAGCGCGAGGAAGAGGAGCGCAAGAAGAAGCUGCAGCUUUACGUGUUUGUCAUGCGAUGCAUCGCCUAUCCGUUCAACGCCAAGCAGCCCACAGACAUGGCGAGGCGACAACAGAAGAUAAUGAAGCAGCAGCUUCAGCAGACCAAGGAUCGCUUCCAGGCCUUCCUGAACGGCGACACGCAAAUUGUGGCCGAUGAAGCCUUCAUCAAUGCCGUGCAGAGCUACUAUGAGGUGUUCUUAAAGAGCGACCGCGUGGCUAAAAUGGUCCAGAGCGGCGGCUUCUCGGCGAGCGACUUCAGGGAUGUGUUCAAGAGGCACAUCGAGAAGCGGGUGCGCAGCCUCCCGGAGAUCGACGGCCUGAGCAAGGAGACGGUGCUCAGCUCCUGGAUGGCAAAGUUUGACACCAUCUACCGCGGCGACGAGGAUCCGCGCAAGGCUCAACAGCGUAUGACGGCCAGCGCCGCCUCCGAGCUCAUCCUGAGCAAGGACCAGCUGUACGAGAUGUUCCAGAAUAUCCUGGGCAUCAAAAAAUUUGAGCACCAACUUCUUUACCAAGCCUGCCAGCUAGACAACUUGGACGAGCAGGCUGCACAAAUAAGAAGAGAACUGGAUGGUCGUCUUCAGAUGGCCGACCAGAUUGCGCGGGGAGGCAGGUUCCCCAAGUUUGUGUCCAAAGACAUGGAAGCUAUGUACAUUGAGGAGCUCAAGUCUUCAGUGAACCAACUGAUGGCCAAUCUGGAGAGCAUGCCCGUGUCGAAGGGUGGAGAGUUCAAGCUCCAGAAGCUGAAGCGAGGACACAACACCUCCAUCAUCGACAUGGGCCAGGAGGAUGAAAACACUCUGUCCAAGUCUGAUGUGGUCCUGUCCUUCACUUUAGAGGUGGUGAUCAUGGAGGUGCAGGGGCUGAAGUCUCUGGCUCCCAACAGGAUUGUCUACUGCACCAUGGAAGUGGAGGGAGGAGAGAAGCUCCAGACUGACCAAGCGGAAGCAUCUAAGCCAACCUGGGGGACCCAAGGGGACUUCACCACCACACAUCCACUGCCUGCUGUCAAGGUGAAACUGUUCACCGAGAGCACCGGCGUGCUGGCACUGGAGGACAAAGAGCUGGGCAGGGUUGUCCUUCACCCGACUCCAAACAGCCCCAAGCAGUCUGAACUGCAUAAAAUGACCUUGACCAAGGCUUGCCCUGACCAAGACCUCAGGAUCAAACUGGCCAUUCGCAUGGACAAACCCCAAAACAUGAAACACUGCGGGUAUCUGUGGGCUUUUGGGAAGAAUGUCUGGAAGCGCUGGAAGAAACGUUUCUUUGUUCUUGUGCAAGUGAGUCAGUACACAUUCGCCAUGUGCAGCUACAGGGAGAAGAAGUCCGAACCACAAGAGCUUCUCCAGCUGGAUGGCUACACUGUGGACUACAGCGACCCGCAGGCAGGCUUGGAUGGCGGAAGGGCUUUCUUCAACGCGGUGAAGGAAGGCGACACUGUGAUCUUCGCCAGCGAUGACGAGCAGGACCGCAUCCUGUGGGUUCAGGCCAUGUAUCGCGCCACCGGCCAGUCCCACAAGCCCGUCCCGCCCACUCAGGUCCAGAAACUUAAUUCCAAAGGGGGUGCCUCGGCUCAAAUGGACGCUCCCAUCUCUCAGUUCUCUGGACUCAAGGAUGCUGACAGAGCUCAGAAACAUGGCAUGGAUGAGUUUAUCUCGGCUAACCCCUGUAGCUUUGACCACGCCUCGCUUUUUGAGAUGGUGCAGCGGCUCACCUUGGACCACAGGCUCAACGACACCUUCUGCUGCCUGGGAUGGUUCAGCCCGGGCCAGGUUUUUGUCUUGGACGAAUACUGUGCCAGGAACGGCGUCAGAGGUUGCCACAGGCAUUUGUGUUACCUGCGCGACCUGCUGGAGCGGGCGGAGAGUGGCACCAUUAUUGACCCCACUCUUCUGCACUACAGCUUUGCGUUUUGUGCCUCCCACGUGCACGGGAACAGGCCAGACGGGCUGAGCACCGUCAAAGUGGACGAGAAGGAACGAUUUGAAAACAUCAAAGAGCGGUUGCGUGUCAUCUUGGAAAACCAGAUUGUAAAUUUCAGAUAUUGUUUCCCCUUUGGCCGUCCGGAAGGUGCACUGAAGGCCACGUUAUCUUUGCUGGAGAGGGUGCUGAUGAAGGACAUUGUGACACCGGUCCCUCCAGAAGAAGUUAAAGGGGUCAUCCGCAGAUGUUUGGAGCAGGCUGCUAACCUCAACUACCAACGGAUUAAAGACUAUGCUAAAAUUGAAGGGAAAAAGAGGGAAAUGUUUGAGCACCCUGUCUUCUGCUUGGCGUCUCAAGUGAUGGAUUUAACCAUCCAGAAUGUAGGCCGCUUAGUCACCCCUGCAAAAAAGCUGGAGGAAACCAUUCGCUUGGCGGAGUUAGUCAUUGAGGUCCUUCAACAGAACCAAGAGCACCACGCCGAGGCGGCAGUCACAAGCUCUGCAGAUCAAUCGGCGUUUGCAUGGUGGACCGACCUCAUGGUGGAGCACGCCGAAAACUUCCUGGCCCUCUACGCCAUUGACAUGGACGCCGCUCUGGAGAUCCAGUCGCCCGAGAGCUGGGACAGUUUCCCACUCUUCCAGCUUCUCAACGAUUUCCUCCGAACAGACUAUCAUCUGUGCAACGGAAAAUUCCACAAGCACCUUCAGGAUCUGUACGCUCCUCUGGUGGUUAGAUAUGUGGAUCUGAUGGAGUCCUCCAUUGCACAGUCAAUUCACAAGGGCUUUGAGCGGGAGUCUUGGGAGCCUGUAAAGAGUUUAACAAGUAAUCUGCCCAAUGUGAAUCUACCAAAUGUCAACCUCCAAAUUCCCAAAGUACCAAAUCUGCCAGUUCCAGUAGCGGGACUAUCAGUUAACCUUCCACAAAUGCCUAGCUUUUCAACCCCGUCGUGGAUGGCUGCUAUAUAUGACUCUGACAACGGCUCCGGCACAUCUGAGGACUUGUUCUGGAAGCUGGACGCCCUUCAGACCUUCAUCCGGGACCUCCACUGGCCCGAGGAGGAGUUCGCUAAACAUCUGGAGAGUCGCAUCAAGCUCAUGUCGAGCAACAUGAUCGAGAACUGCGUCAAGCGCACCAGGAUGGCGUUUGAGUCCAAAGUGGCAAAGAGCAGCAAGUCGACAGAUUUCCGCAUUUCUCCGACAUUAUGCACCAUGUUCAAUGUGAUGGUGGACGCGAAAGACCAGUCGGCCAAACUGUGCGCCAUGGAGAUGGGUCAGGAGGCAAACAAAGAAAAAAACAAAAAACAGUUCCACUCACAAAUCGAUGAACUGAUUGAGGAAAGUGUGCGGGACAUGAUUCAGCUCUUGGUGGCAAAGUUUGUCGUCAUUUUGGAGGGAGUUUUGGCAAAGAUAUCCAGAUACGAUGAGGGCACGCUGUUCUCCUCGUUCCUCUCGUUCACGGUGAAAGCUGCCUCUAAGUACGUGGACGUACCUAAACCCGGCAUGGACGUGGCUGACGGCUACGUGACCUUUGUCCGCCACUCUCAGGACAUGCUGCGUGAUAAGGUCAAUGAGGAGGUGUAUAUAGAAAGGUUAUUUGAUGUAAGUAAGAUGCCGUCUCCUCCGCUCAAGCAGAGAGGGGGCCCUACAGAAUGUGGGCAAAACAACAGGGCAGAGGGGGAUAAGUCCCAUUUGGGUUUUUUGUUUCCUUUUUUUUUUUGGUUUUUAAUUUCUUUGCGAGCAGGAAAAGUGUUUCUUCCUGUCCUUUCUGUCCUCUUCUCUCUCUUUCUCUUUUCAAGCUCAGCUGCUGCCCUCUGCAUUCCGGUCUGCAUUGCCACAGUGCUUUUGGGCCUUUGUCUAUUUAAAAAAAAAAAAAGAAAACAAGCACAACAAGCUUUUAUUUACAAAGAGUCCGUAAAAGCAUCCCCCCCACACCCCCCACCCCAAGUAAAGGAUUAUACGAAGCAGUGCUCUCUGGAAAGAACAUAGUGCAUGCUUCGUGAACAUCAAGCACUCCUCAGGAAGACACAUGAGGAGCCUUUAGUGGAAAUGCAGAAAUUGUAAAGGCGGUGGGCUCACGGGCAGGUUUUCAUGUGUUGGAGGGUGAAGAGAGCACUGUCUUAACCCAACAUAAUCCUGACGGGAUACAUUGACAGCAAUGUGUCCCCCAUGUGUGGUUUUCAACGACACAUAAUGCCGUGUUGUGUUUAUGUGCGUGUGUGUGCGCGCGCGUGCGUGCGUGCUUCCACGUCAUUGCGAAGCUAUCUGUUGAGAUGCACGUCUCGGCCGCGGCGUGUUGGCCUUUGUGAGGAAGUGAGUUGGGUUAACACGCAGGUAUAUUGUGCGGGAGCCGCGUGCCAGAUGAAACUAUUUUUGUUUGUCUUUGAUUUAUGUAUGUUUCUUAUCUAUCUUUUUUGUUAUGGAGUGGCCCUGCUUUUGUGUGUGAGAAGGCUCCUCCCUUGUCUGCGUCCUCACUUCCUCCCCGUGUUCUCUGUGUGGUUCGCCCCCCGCCCCUACCCCAGACGAGUCAUGUUCAAGUUCUUCUCAAGUCGAAGCCGCGUUUUUAAAGUGACAUUAGGAUGUCCGCUUUGUUUUUUAGUUACUUUUGUUUUUGCUUCUCAUCGUAAUGCAUUUCCAUCCAUCAAUUUUUGCAUGUAUGUCAAAGCCAUCCUUCGAUGUUGCACUGGCUCUACUGGAUCUCUCUUAUUUCAACCCUUUUGGUCUCUUCUUAUUAACACCAUUCCUGCUUCCUCCUCCAGUGUAAAAAAAACUGCAGUGGCUUUAUUUACGAGAUGUAAAUCUAUUUUCUUCAAAUCUAUUUUUACAGCAGUUCCAACUUUUGAUGAGAGUGCUUUACGUCAACACAGAAGCUAUUUCUAUCCGCUGCGGCAUCCGAAUAGAUGCCGUUUGAAAAAACAAACAAACAAUGAAUAGAAAGACUUUCAAAGGCUGCAAAGUGCAUGCCAGAGCAACAGAGGGCACUGUAAUCAUUUUAGCCAAUCAGAAAUCUGAAGAAAGUCAUUAGUCUAAUGACAGUGGUAGAUGUAGGGAAAAAAAAGGCAGACUUGCACACUAUUGAUAAAUAUUGGAUAUUGCAUAUGUUACAUCCACCGAUCCAUUUUCUAAUGCACUCAUCUUCACAAGGGUCGCGGGUAGGUAAUAAUAAAGACUUUCAAAGAAUCAUCCACAUAUUAAUAUACAAUACAGUAUACAAAAUUAUAGUUGAUAUCAAUAAAUUGAAACCAACAGUAUACUUGCAUUUUAAAUAUUAUGCACUAUAUAUUGUUGCAAAUUUCUUCGCGUUGAAUGCUAACACGUUACCAUCGCAGACUGGUACUGACUAUUAAGAAUGUUUUUAAAAAUAAAAAAAAAUCAGACAACACCUGCGUGCUAAGGAAAACCGUAUUCAUCAUUUAGUAACAACCGCCAUGACACUUUACAGCACCCGUGUCUUUAUUUUCGUAAUAAGUGUGGGAAUGCGCCGGCUCGUUGAAGCAUGUUAUGGUAAAUGAUAAUUGAAAGAAAAAAAAUGUUUGUUGUCGCUCCUUGAAAACAUGUCUCCAUAGAAAAAUGGCUAGAACCACUAAAACGUAUGUGGAGUAAUUCACGCACGCAUGUGCGUGCGUGAAUAAGUGUAGAUUGUUUGAAUUCCAGUGUUCAGUAAAUAUUUUAAUAAUAUCGUAAGUUAUAUUUUUUCUUUGAAGUGUUAAUAUGAGAGAAAGUGCCUUGGUUUCGUGGGGGUAAAUCUUAAAUUAGUGUCUUCCCAUAACGAUCUUUAGCCCCAAUUUUGUCCGUACUUUCUUUUCUCGACAUGACUUGCUCUCAUCCGUUCACCAAGUAACAUUAGACAUCCACUGCAGGUUGCGCAGGCUUGUUAUUGAGGUCGCCAAAAAUUGUGAUCAGGAUAAAAUUUGAUUUGUUGUGGGGUUGUAAUCUGGGUUGUAUUCCAUUUUUUGCUCAUCAUCUGGGAUAGGUGACGACAAGUGCUAUAGAAAAUGGAUGGCUGGACAAUUUAAUAUGCAUCAUAAUAAAUCGACUAUGGUUUUAUGAUCAGUCAAUAUUAUGUUACAACUGACAUCACAGGUUGCCGGGUAGAUCUGCGUCGCCGCAGCUGCAUUCAUUUUACGGGAUUCUACACGUCACACGCGCAGGCGGAACUGCUGUAAAAAUGUAUGGUGGUCACGUCAAUACAGCCCCUGGCGAGUGGAAAAAAAAGUGGCACUUAUCUCGAGUGUUGAGUUGUUUUCUCACAUUAUGUUGGUUGGCAUGUUUUUUUUGGAGUCAAAUAAUCUUCCUGUGUACAUCUUCUAGCAUGACCCUACUCCUCCGACUUGUGGCUCAUUUUGCACACAUACUACCGUAGGGCAGUCGUCUCUUCCUCAGCACGCGCACACCUGUGCCAGGUCUGCAUGCACUGCACGCUCGACUCGACUGUCAGGUGGAAAGGCAUCCGCAUCUACCCGGAACCCGCUCCCUUGCGCAACCAACCCCCCCCCCCCCUCCCCCUCCCUUCCUUGAGUCCAAAAACCGUCCAUCCAUUCACCUUAGCAAAUUCCGACGAAAGCUGACCAGCGGAUACGACGAGCCCGCUUGAUUUCAAAGCUGUCAGAGGUUUUGAUUUCAACUCCGUGUGAGUGCUGUUCUCUUGUAGCCUUGAAUACAAACCAAGUGUGGGACGAAGCAGAUAGAAGGGACACAACAAUAGCACUGCUUCAACCGCGCCUGUGCGCCAUUUGCUCACUAUCCAUUGCUCCUUUUCUUUUGCCAGUAAAAGCUCAGCAUCCAGUUGUUUUAUCUCCAAGGCCUCUGAGGUCAAAUUUCUACUAAAACUAACGCAGCGUUUAUGUGGCGCAGUGUGAACACAUUCCCCCUGAUUGCCGCUUCCAAAGCCCAGCCGCUUAAUUUGCACUUUUUUUUGUGCACGUCAGGAAAUGAAUGGAUCACUUAGCUCGAUGAAUUCUUAAAUAUCUCCCAAAGUCAGGAAUGCCAAGUAAGCAUGUAUUUUAAUUCAUUUAAAGGUCCAAUUUGCUUAUUACAACUAUGACAUAUGACUAUGACUAUGCACUACGCAGGUCUGCCUCACGCUGAGCUAUGGUAAUGACUCGGAUUGAAAACGGCGCGUCGGUGACUCACACACCCAUGCAUCAAGUGAUUGGCCCACGCAUAAUUAACCAGCUUGGUGCAACCAGAAUUUCGCUCCAAUCGGGAAACGUUUCGAGGCGCCACAAUUCUGAAUUUCGUACAGCCCUGUUGGUCAAUCCAGUGUGUGUGUGUGUGUGUGUGUGUGUGUGUGUGUGUGUGUGUGUGUGUGUUUGUGUGUGCUUUUUACAAAUUGGUUUGCUUUCUUCGACAAUGCAAUCUCAAUGAUUUGAACAAACCUACCAAUUUGGGGCCGGUCGGUCCACUUGUGGAAAAAGUCGCAUCUCGGCAUUUCUGCAAUGACUCGUUGAGAUGUGCUCCACGCGAAAUGCGCUCGUGCAUAAAAACAUGAUGUGAAUUUCAGUGUUUAUGGGCCGUAAAAACACUCAAUGAAGUCGUUGCCGCAUAAUAAAACGCAAGCAAAGUGCUUCUUGUUGCAGCUGUUGGGACCCGUUGAAGUCACCGUUAAAACUUCGAGUACAUUGAAAUGACAUCAUAAUCCUCUUUGCUUUUGGCGUUGACACGCUAACAGAAUAUGAGGUCAAAUUGUGUCCAUUUAUUCUAAAUAGAGGGGUUUUUUUUAGGGGGGGUGGGGGAAUUAUGAUUUUUAUGAGUUUAGUGGGGUACUUCUAUCUUAAAAAAAUACAACUUCCAUCUCUCAGCUUUCCUUUUUUGGUGUAUAGAUCUAAUGGAAAUACUGCACAUUUAUUCAUUUUAUAUUCAAUUUAUUAAGUUAAGAAGGUCCAGUGGUGAGCGCAUUGACCUCACACUAUGGGGUGCAGGGUUCAAUUCCAGCCCCGGCCUCCUUGUGUGGUGUUUACAUGUUCUCCCUGUGCCUGCGUGGGUUUUCUCCGGGUACUCCGGUUUCCUCCCAUAUUCCAAAAACUUGCGUGGAUGGCUGAUUGAACACUCCAAAUUGUCCCCAGGUGUGAGUGUGAAUGGUUGUUGGUUUCUGUGUGCCCUGCGAUUGGCUGGCAACCGGUUCAGGGUGUCUCCCCGCCUACUGCCCGAAGACAGUUGGGAUAGGCUCCAGCAUAAGGAUAAGGAUAAAGCAGAUCACAAAAUGGAUGAAUCAAUGAUAUUAUGACUCAUCUUGUAAAAUGGUAAAUGAAACUCCUUGUCUUCUUGUUUGCACACUUAAUAUUACAACUUUGUUUUCUGCCUACGCUGGGAUUCACUCAUAUAAUGUACACACAUACUAGCUAACAAAAGGAUAACCACACUUGUAAAAUCAAGGCCUUAUUGGUGUGAGUUAAUAUGAAAACUUUUUGUGGCUUAGUUUCGUCAAAUUGUUAAUCGUCUGACUUCAUUCUCACAAGCUGACCCUUUUCACGUCGAAAUCUGAUUGAAUCCUCCUCCUCAGUGCGGUGAAGGCCCCCAUGCGGGCGUACGUGGACACACGUGGCGUCAGACUAUUGUUUUCCCCGCCGUCUUGUGUCAAGGUGUGCGAUGUGUGUGCGUGUGUGUGUGUGUUCUUGCUGGAGAGUGUUGCUGUUUAUGUCUUUCAGCAAUGGUACACUGCCACCAUGAACCUGCUGGGCACUUGGCUCACCGAGCGCAUGGACCAGCAGCUGCACGUCUACCAGCUCAAGAUCCUCAUCAGGAUCACCAAG